GGGGACGUGAGAGGGAGAGCCUCGUUUUGUUGGCGCCUGCAGUUCGAACAUAUUUCCGAUUUGUUUGAUUUUAGUCUAAUAUUAUUUAUGAAAUAAUUCUGUAACUUAUCGUCUCUGGAUAUUUGGACGAACUAAACGUAAUGUCGUUGAGUAAUGCGAUGAAAGUAGACAAUUCCUCUAGUGAUACUCUAACUUUACGUUUUGGAUGACUUCUUGAUUGGAUAAUUUAUUCAUUACUAUCUGAUCAUCGAACUGAUCGAUAUAAAAGUUGUGAUAUUGAAAGACUUGAUGUAGAUGGAGUUGAUUCAAGCUCACGCUAAUGGACAUUAAUUACUCUCCAAUUGAGAAGAGUAGAUCCUCCACUCAGAGACAGCUGCAGCGUCACCAGCAAGAAAAGCAAAACAUUCAGAAAAACUUUGGAUACAACAGCAAAGAACAGACACAAUCGCUAAUAGACUUCUGCAAGGGAGUGUGGAUUCAAUCGAAUGGGUUAUGGCCCCUACAAGCAUUGAUCGACGACCAACUGAUCAGUACAUCGCUACCUACCUAUUGUGUCAGCAUUGAUUACCGUGUCGUCUGAAUAAUACAGCUUGUGUCUUAGAUACCUUUUGUUACAUAGAUCUAAGUCCUUCAACCAAGUGUAUUGAUCUCUGCAAAACACGCAAGUUCCGCAACUCUUCCCGCCAAAAUGCUUUAUUAUUUCGAGCUGGAUAAGGGGAGAUAAACUACCACCUGAAAAUUAUUUUUUUUUCUCCCUUGGAUUGUAUGUCGUUAGAUUAUUUACAAUGCAAGGCGGAAUAGCAAGCCAUAUACAUGUUCUCGUGUGGGAGACGCGAGGAUGCGAGAUAUCGUGAGAUAAAUUAAAUUGUGGACAUACCUACACCUGACGUUACAAAUGUAUCUGUCAGUUUCGCCUCUGAGAUUCUAAUGGAUAUUCCCAAUUUAUGCCUCAGUGUGCAAUUCGGUGUAUUAUCCUCUAACGAUGCUACCUCGCCUAGGACUAUGUAGCUACAUGUGUUUCCUGGCUACAUUUUCUUCGUAUUUAUUCUGUUGUUUCUGAUUUGGAUAAAACUGUUCACAUUUAGGAAUAUAUUUUGCAAACUGUAGUGGACAUCACAUAGGGCUUUUAAUGUCACCCCCUAGCGUAUGGCCUAGCUUGUCCAGCGAUCCAGAAUCAACAUGGGUGUUUUGAGAAAGGUCCGAAACUCUGGCCACUUGAAUUCAGUCCGGCAUGGCAGGACACACACGUUCGCGGACAUCCCUGACGCGGGCAAAGGCCAGUACAUCGGCGGAGACCAGGACGUGGUGCCGACCUAUUACCAGCAGGGUCACCAUCGGAGGGCCACUACCACCACUACCACUACCCCUUCUCCAGGAGCUCAAAGGGGGCCGUGGUGGAGUGGAGGGCCGGAUGGCAUCUCUGACAGGUAUCAGAACUACGAUACUGACCAGCGUGGACCAGGAGGAGUGUAUUCCGACAACACGGACUAUUUACCCGGUCAAGAGUUCGUUGCCGACCCUUCAUCGACGUCCACUUAUCCCAGCUAUCCAAGCGGGGGAAUGACUCCGUUCUCACGGUCCGCACACGCCACGUCAUUUCGGCACAACCAUACGUCCCCUCAGGACCCCUCUUUCUCUUCCAUCCACCGCAGUAUAAACCCUUCCCCGUCCCUGUCACUAUCUCAGUCCGACUCUCACCACCUUCACCUGCUGAACAACGGGAUGGAUCAAGUGACUCCCGCGGCCACCAGCGGCUACCACGGGCUGGCCCUGGACGCUAUCGUCCCCACCAUCGACGUACCUUACAACUAUUCCGAAGACUGCUUCAACAUGACCCACUUUGACUGCUGGCCCAUCUUUGACAAUGUGACCGAGAACGCCACACUGCUGCCCCGAGGGCUGGACGAUCAGGACUACAAGUAUUGGAAUAUCCUGCUCAUCAUCUUCCCUCUCUUCACGGUGUUCGGGAACAUCCUGGUCGUUCUGAGUGUCUUCAAGGAGAAAAGUCUGAAGACGGUCACCAAUUACUUUAUCUGCUCCCUCGCCAUUGCGGACAUUAUGGUAGCAGUUGUGGUCAUGCCGUUAGCUGUAUACAUGGAGGUUGUAAGUAACAGGUGGAUGCUCAGUGACCCGCUGUGUGACGCCUGGGUAGCCUCUGAUGUGUUGGCCUGUACAGCCUCCAUUCUUAAUUUAACAGCAAUCAGUGUUGACAGAUUCAUCGCCGUGACGCAACCUAUUAAGUACGCCAAGCAUAAAAACUCCAAGCGGGUGUUCAUCAUGUUAGCCAUCACAUGGGUCAUCUCCGUCGCCAUAGCGGCGCCAAUCGCCCUAGGGGUCAAUUACUCGGACGACCGGAACGUGGGUGACUGCCGAUUCUUCAACAGCGAUUUCAUCAUCUACUCCUCCAUGGGUUCAUUCUACAUCCCGUCUAUUAUUAUGAUAUUUUUGUACUGGAAAAUUUACAAAGUGAUUCGUCUACGGGCGCUGAAAGCCAAGAAGGCGAAGUGUAUGAGGGAUGUGGACAAGCGGGCGCUGCAGGGCGUCAUAGAGAACCCGGCUGUAGCCGCCGGGGUGGCCCUGAAUGACACUGGUGGAGUGUACGGCGCCUCUGAAGCCACCGUCACCACAGGGCUGGCCAAAAUGGACAACGGGCGUGUGACGUAUAAUACAACGACUUCGUCCAAGGCGACCACUUCUCGGUUUCUUUCGACCCACGGAGGGGAUGACGGCUCAAUCACCAACGUCAACUCUAACUCGGACGACAACUCCAACGAGGACGACGACGACGACAGCCCCAGCGGCAGCGGCAGCGCCAACAACAACACCAACAACCCGAAAUGCAUGGGCGUGGCCAAGGUGGUGGUGCAGGUCAACCCGAGGCUGCUCCGCAGCGUCGAGGUGGCAGAGCUCAUCACCAACCCGGUGGCAGAGGAGCUGGACCGCCUCGAGUCGGAGGAGCAGCGGACUAUGCUGCAGUUUGGGAAAAACGGAGGCUGCGCCUCUGCCUUGGACUGCGGGGGCUCAGGCUCCGCUUCCACGUCCGGGGGCGCAGCUCCGACGUGCGCGAACGAAGCGGAAACGCCUUUCACGUCAUUGGUGUGUAAAGGAGACACUAGCGACACUGCAGAAGUCACACAGGGCAUGUUGAGCCCCAAGAAGAAAACCAAGAGGGAGCAUAAAAAAGCAGUGACUAAGUUUAACUUUCACAUGAGAACGAGCAGAAAGAGGAAAGAGAAAUCGUCCUCGAAAAGAGAAAAGAAAGCAACAAAAACCUUAGCCAUUGUUUUAGGAGUAUUCCUUGUCUGUUGGGUGCCUUUUUUCACACUGAACAUUAUCAGCGCCAUCUGUAUACGCUACGACCUGGACGAGUACCCAGCGUGCAACACUGACCCCAUCUACUUCAGCCUGGCCCAGUGGCUGGGCUACAUCAACAGCUUUCUUAACCCUGUCAUCUAUACCAUCUUCAACCCGGAGUUUAGGAAAGCCUUCCGGAAGCUGCUCACUGACCCAUGCAGAUGAUCGCCGCCAUUGGCUAUUUAUAGAAACAUCCACGUGAAAACAACUAUUUCGCUUUUACUAAGAAGACAUUUUUUGCCAGUUACAAUUCUUAUUGCAUUAUUGUCUAUAAACACAGUCGAAUGUUAGGAAGUUAUCCACAGCAAUGUCAUAGAUAUUUAUUCUGUUUAUCUUAAGAAUUACAUGGUUUAUGACAUACGUUUGUUAAUACUAUAACAGUAUUGUAUAUAAAUAUAUAUAUAUAUAUAAUAUAUUUUUCACUGGAAUGUACUGUCUUAAAUCAAUAGUGAACUCGUGCGUCUGUUUGAUGUGUGCAUAUUUGAAAUUCUGUUUUUAAAUAUUAGAAUUUAUUAAAAUGGUUCCUCGAUAUGGUUUGCUUCUAACGACGUCCAUAUUAGCUGAUGUAGUUAUACUAUAUAAUUUGUUACCAACAUUAUUGGAAUCUAUGUUAUGCUUAUGCUAUUUAAUAAUAUAAUACCUUAAUGUUGUGUCUGAAUAGAGCUUUGAGGACCACACAGAAAUAUAUUGUUGUAUCAAAAACAAUUGUAGGCCUUAGAGUCGCAUAAGGAUAAGUAGAGUCUGUGUCACAUCUUGAGAUUUGUUUAAGUUUGAUAUUGUUUAGUAAUUAUGGCCGAGUCGACAACUUUAAGCAUUCUGUUGAUUCGCCACGGAAGAGGCUCAUUUGUUUUGCAGUAUAGGUCCUGCUACGUAACAAGUUACCAAAUCCACAAUAUAGUCACUCUCAUAGGCUGUCACCUGGGGCGUUUUUUUUUACCUUGUCCCUUCAUCGCGUGUGUGUUCCUUCAUUUCAUCUGUUCCUCGACUUUCCUCGACUUUCCCAGUCAGCAGUUGUUCUUAGCAGGACGUCAAGAGAGUGGUCAGUCCAUUACGUUGUCCAGUCAGCUUUUCUUGGACGUCCCUUUCUUCGUGCUCCCUGUACCUUGGAGGAUGACUUUUGACAUUAGUUUUAAUUGCUCUAAACCUUCAUACUGGAGGACACUCCCACAGAAAUGUAAGUCUAUAGAAUUGGUAAUGUUCCACUGUGUGUUGUUCUUACAAUACGGUAGUUAUACUUGUCUGUGGUUUCUCAUAAAAGUAUUAUAUCUUUAAUAAGGAGAACAAAACUACGAACCUCCAUUUAAAAAACAACAACCUAGCACUAGUAUAGUUAAAAUUAGAAUGUGUUAAUAUUUUAUAAGACAAAAGUUCACAACCAUUGGUAUCCAUGCUGGUUUCUCUAUGACGGCACUUGACUUGCGCAUCAUCUAAUUGAAAGCAUUCGUACCAUGUUGCACUUUAUGCAGAAAAAUAUAUACAGGAAGUGUAACUCGUAAUAAAAACGUAUUCUUAAAUCCCAUAAGUUAAAACGUAAAAGAUGAGGUGACUGGUGUCCUUGGUUUUGUAUUUCAUGAUUUUGGCUUAUUUAAACAUCGACUUGGUAUAAAAAUUGUUUAGGAAUUUGUAUUGGUAUUUUUUCCGAAUUUCAAAAAGACAUUAGAAAAUUUCAAGCUUUUAGAAACAAUUUUCAGACAUGUAGAAUGAAAAGGGAAAUUAACCUAUUAUAAAAUUUGUCCAGCCACGCCUAUAGCAACAUUGUAUAAGCUUUUGUUUUAUCAAAAAAUACUCACAUUCCAACAAAAUAAGGAAAUACAGUACAAUAAUGCAGACUUCAUCAUACGGAAAGAAUAAAAAAAAAUAAUUAGGUAUAAAAAUAAAUAAAAAAUAAUAAUAAUAAUUAACAACACUCACGCGCUAAUUAAGAUGUUAAAAUACAUAAAAAAGAACAGAAAAUAUCAUAAUUUGUGAUGCGGCCAAUAGUAGAGCCGAUGUGAUCACAGGAAUCACAGGACGACGUAGUAUGCUAAAAUGAUUUGAAAAAUAAAAAGUCUUCUUAGUCUACUAUUAGCUUACAAUUUUUAGCCUGUUAGCUUGUUGCGACUUAGCGUUAUUACUGUGACGGAUUGUCGCUGCCUAUUUAGUACAUUUUCCAUAUAAAACAAAUAUAAUUAAUUACGACUCCUUAAUACACAAUUUCGUACAUACUGAAAUCAAUUUAUGUGUAGUCAUCGACAACGUAUAAUUAUGCAAAGAUUCAAAUUGAUCCUAGAAUCGGAAGUGGGAGAAAUAGCGUGAAAAUGAUUUUGCCCAGACAGACGGAGUGAUUUGAUAAAUGCUUGAUAACAAGCAAACGGGCAUAACUUGAACUUGAAGUCUUAAACUUGCUUUAUAUGUCCAUCUUAGAGCAAUUAUGCAAUAUUUCAAAACCAAUAAAAGGUGUUAAAAGUAUUUUUAUAAAAGUUAUUUCUCCUGAAAUCUUUAUUACUUCGGUUUGCUCAAAAAAUUUUGGCGUUUAUAUCUUAUAAAUUCUAAACUUAUUUCCCUUACAUCCUAAAAGUAAAGUCAGACAAACUAAUCGAUAGAUAGAAUGUUUGUCUAUAUUGUUAUGGUAGUAUUGAUAAGCUGAUGAGAAAGAUUGCAGACAAACUGAAAAAACGUUUGUUAAGACCACUAAAAUAAUCUUAAUUUAUGAUAAUUUAACUAAGUUUUCCUAACUCUCUAGACACCCCGGAGAGUUACGUAAAUCUUUUAAAUUGCCAAACAUUUGUGGAUUACAAAUAGAACACUAAUCCGUGCAACAAUCAAAUUACAUUUUGAAUAUAUCAGUUGGGACGACCCAGGGUACUGAUAAGAAUAUCAACGAAUCACAUUCAAUUAAAAAAAAAUUGACCUCAGAUGAAGCUAAUGAACAUGGUGCUAACUGAACGUAGUGGCCAACGCUUGAUAGCAUUUAGAUAGUAAAAUUAUUGUUUUACUUUGAUCCUAUAAUUUCAAGUCAGUAAAGUGUACACGCUUUUACAGUAACAAGAGCUGCAUUACACUCCGAGGUGACUAAUUUUCCAUAGUUUUCGCUCUAUUUUAGAACCUGAUAUUUGGCGUUAAAAACUAGAAAUAACUUUUUUGUUGUAUACAGAGUACAAAUGUUUCAUUUUUUUUAAAAGAUCUAUACACAUUUUUUGGUGCACUUUUAAGCAGGGCAGAACCUAAUGGACAUCAUUCACCAAUCGUAAACAAACAACAUUUAGCCACGUGAUUCUCUAUCACUUCUAUACAAAUUACUAUCUAAUUUUUAAUGCACAAUGGCUAUCACGUGACUGGUUUUUUCUCGCUGUUUUAAAAAUAUUAUAACGUGGGGAAUAAAGGGGAAUUGAUAGGAAAACCAACCGACUCACUUUGAGAUAUUCUUAAAGUUAUAUUUGAAUUAUUUUUUAUUUCGUCUACAAACUGAAAGUUCAAUUAAAGGCCUUGUCGAGUUUAUUGGGAACACUUCCAAAGAGACAGUCUCGAGAUAGCUCCUAUGUUUUAGUUAUUUUCCCUUUCUCUGGGUAUUUUUCCCGAGAAUUUCAAUCAUAUAUCAAUCCAAUAACAAACCAAAUAGCAAACCAAUACCAAUUUAAUACCUGACAUUAUAUGAAAUAGAGCUAUAGAUAUUCAUAUAACAUACUUUAACAAUUAUAUACAUAUUGUCUUUAAGAAUCAAAAUAGAUCUGCCUUGUACUUAAUUGACCUAGCUUAUCAAACUCUCUCGUUCUGAUUUGAAUGUUUUUCUUUUAAGAAGUAAUCUAUCUCCAGAAAUGACAGACUUCAUUUGACAGAGCCUUUUGGUUUAUGAUGUUUUUGAGUCUUAGAAAAUCAGAGAAAAUGUUUCCUCGGAUGGAAUUAGCAAAAGAUCCAACACUAAUACCUUGAUUAUAGAAGAAAUGAUCAAUCCGUGUCUGUGUGUGUGUGUGUUCCUGUUGUUGACUGUGUAUGUGUUUGUUUAUUGCAGUGGAAAAAAAAAAAAAAAAAAAAAAAAAAAAAAAAACAUAA